GGAUAUUGUCACAACAACCAAUCACGUGGCGUUGGCUUUCAAGGACGACAUGUGAUGAUGAUUAAAAAAGAAUUCAGCUGCUGAAUCAAUCGAUAAAUGGAUGAAGUAUGGGGCUUGUGUACGUAGGCUUAGCAAGGUAACGGAGACUGUAGCCACUGAGGCGACACGAGUGUACGAGUAGAGAGUCAUUGUUACAAUAUUCUGGAUAUCAGCAGGAACUCUCACCGUUCACAGGUGCCGUAGGCGAGACUAUAAAGUGAUUAACAGCAUCAAUCCCAGCAACUGUUUACCGGGAUAGUAUCAGCUUCCCCGCCACCAACGUGACUUUUCAGCCACAUCGACAAUAGUAAGAUGGGUUGCAGUAAACGACAUAUGCAAAUAUGAAUCAGUUCAGAAGAUUCGAGAUUGAGAAAUAAAAGUUAUCUUCGACACAUCAACCACCAGUGCAGAUCAAACGUGUGAUUGUCGUUAAUAACGUGGAUCUGAUUACUACUGCCAGGUGUUCUUAUCGACUGUGGAAUGUUAAUGAUGUAAUACUAAUAAUGUGUAGAGUAUCACACGUCAUGAUGACAACGGGAUGAAGAUAUAGAUUUUCCAUGGAAUCUUCCAUGCUACGACCCAAAUCUGCCAAACAUAAUUAUCGGAAUCGUCCCCCGCAGCCAAAAUCGGCUCGAACAGAAGUUCUCGGAAAUAAGUCUAAGUCACGUGAUCAACAAAUCCCUCAUCCGGUAAAACCCACAGAACCAGACAAGAAGCGAUUAGAAUCAGCACGUCCUAAGAGCGCGCAUCCACGGGCGAAAAGUCGCUGUGGGUUAGUCGUUGAUAUAUUUAACUCUCAAAACAGCACCUAUACCGACAUCACCGUCAUAGCGGAUAGAAGUGACGCGCAUGUGCCAGUGAAUCUUCCGGAUCCAGUAAAAUCAAAUCUGAAAAAGAGCCCGAAGACAAACAAAUUGAAUGAAAUCGGCCAUGGCAAUGUGCCAGUAACCAAAAUGGCGACUGACAAUAUGAAGGAGAAUAAGACGGCAGGGAAUGUUAAAAUGGUAGCGCAUCACGUGACACAUAAGGCCGAGACAAUUACGCGCUGCUACUAUCGCCCUUUGACCCCAAUCAUCACAAACGAGGACGAGUAUUAUGCUAAUCUGGACCCGGUGGACUAUUUCAAUGACCCCACGGUGCAGGAUCUUCCUAUUUUUAAAGAGAAACCAAAAACUACAGAAAAAUUAACACAAAUUCACACGAUGAGACUACCAACGACCCCGAAGGUCAAAGAUACCACUGGUUACCGUGGCAAACCUCGGCCGUGGUCGGAAAGUAUAAAGGAUCAGAACGACGCGUUACUAACUCGAAAAAAGUUUGUUAAUACUAAACACUCAGUCUACGCCAUGUUUUUUGACGAAAAACCUGUUGGAUUAAAUACAGACACCAAAAAACAUUUACGUCCUUUAACAGACGACAAAGUCAUCAUGCAAAGCACAAAAAAUCUACAAAAUGGCGGCGUCGUAGGAAACACUGUAGGUGUAAAAAAGUCGAGGUUAACAAAAGUUGACGGUCACAAACUCCUGGCUAGUCGGACUAAUAACACACGUGGUCCACCCGGGAGUGAGAAGAGCUGGAUCCCAAGAUACAACGGACUCGCUCUCGAUAAACAGCCGUGUACGACUGACCAUAAAACCGGAAGUCGUAACGUUAGCAUUGCCCAAGGCCAAGUUGUAAAGGAUCCGAAAGCUAAAUAUAGAUAUGAACUUCGACCCUUCUCGGAAGGAGUAAAUAUUCUUGCAGAAAAUGAAAUGCUACGAUUCCGUGCUAAUCAGGAAUUAUACCGUUCAAAAUACAAUGUAGACAAAUUAUUAGCGAAACAUAAGAAAAAAUGUGGAAAUUUUCCAAAUGGUUUUGAUUUGAAGCCACGGCGAAAUAAUCUCGUGGGACCUGAACACGUAGAGGUGAAACAUCCGGGUACUUUAACAGGGCAUCUGUCUCAGCGACCACAGAAGUUAAAACCGAUCCAGGCGAUUCAUAAAACCUGAAACAUCCAUCUACUUGUUUGAUUAGCUUCCAUGUUGUUUCAGAUGCUGUCAAGAUUCCCGGUAAAUACCCUGGUUGUCAGGUAUUUGAUUUAAAUUUGUCAAUUUUUUUUAAUUAUUUGUUUUCAACGUUUUGUUGUUUCAGAAUAUGAAACGAUUGAAAAAAGCAUUACAUUUAAAUUUGUAUGCAUUAUUGAUACAAUUAAUAGUUCCAUAAAUUCUGGAAAUCAAAUUAUCAAUCGUGGAAAUUAAGCGAUAACAGUUAACGUAUUCUAAUUCAUUUGAAAUGUAAAACGACAUUUGAUUGGUCAGUCAAGUUAUUUUGCGAUAUAUAUCGCCACAAAGAUAUAUAUCGCCGCAAAUUUCAAAUUACAGUAGGGUUAUCCCUAAUUUGCAUAAAUUCAUAUUUAUAGGUAUGUGAUGACUGAAUAGAUAACAGAAAUAAAAUUAAUAUAAGAUGAAUGUCACUGUUGUAGUAGACGUUGCAGCAUAGAAAUGCUGUCAUACUGUAAAUUUCGUUAUAAACAGUAAAAUAUUCCGCACAUUAACGAACACUGACAACAAUAGAUUUGUCUAAUUGUUGAAAUAAUUACACGCACAAUACAAUUUUCUUACCAAUGCCCUCCUGAUACGGGAGAUUUUUCAAGUGCCAUACUAAUGCUAAUUUGAUAAAGUGUUGCCUUUGUUUGUACAUGUAGAGACGUGUGAUGAGAGAGAAAGCAUAGCUGAUUUACGGCCGGUGUAAUUUGUCUAUAUGAAAGAAACUUAGACAAUACAAACAAUUAGUAUUUGUUUACAAUGUUAAAUUAUUAACUUACCGAUAUUACUUGUAAUCGAGUUUAAAUAGAAUUUCCCUUUUUUUCUUGAGAAAGUUUUCCAACAACCAAUUAUAUUUAACUUGAAUUCAGUUGAAUUUAAAUUUUUAUGUCUCCAGAUAUAUAAUGACUUUUGCAAAAAAAAAGGAAAAAGAAAAAUGAAAAAAUAUUUAAGUUUUAGUUUAUAAGUCAUUCUUUAAAUUAUCAUAUUGUUUAAAUCCAUUAAUCCAUUGGAAGGACUUCUUCGGGAAAUCAAAAUUGGAGCUGAUAUUUUUGCGAGAAAUGUGAGCCAGGUCAUUUUUCUAAACUCAAUUGAUACGUAUGUUUUACUUAUGGUCUGAUCCUAUAUUUGAGGAUUGAUGUUACAAUAUCCGGUCUUCCCAGUGUCAUUUCUCACAACAUAAAGGCUUUUCUAACUGUACAGAAAUUUUAAAGUAGACAUUAUUUAUUUGAGCCCCGACCACACAAGCACUGCGAGCGGUGUCCAUUGUUUACCAAGCAAUCACAACCUUUAUAUUGUAAUAUUCUGUCUCCGUCAUCUACUCUAUAAAAAUAUUGUAAUAACGAUAGAAUCGGUCGGAUCAGGUCGAGUGGAUCUUUUGUGUCUAAUAUCUUCUUUAAUACAAGUUUACAGUCUGAAUAUGAAGAAAAAAUAAGUAAAUGCUCGUACGUUA